UGUGCUUGCUGCCGAUGAGAAUUCGGUCGGGUCAUAACGGGGUGUAGAGAGGAAUAUCGCAAGUAAUGCGGGAAAGAUACCAACAUGCAUAAUCAUGAGUCCAUUGGAGAAAAGAGUCAUGAUCAAUCGCCGGGUCCAAAUACUGACUGCUACUGGCUUUGCAAGAUCAGCUUUCGAUGAAUCAUCCUCCCUUAGGCCAGCCAUCUCGAUACGCUCAUGCUCUUCGGUAGAGAGCUUUUCAUAUCCUCCCCAGGGCAACCGUCUACCCAGAUUCUUCGCCCAGCCCGGAAUGACAGACAGGGACCGCUGCCCUUUGCCCGGAUGUGUUUCUUCAAACUGGAAGGCCGUCAAUAUCGCACAUAUAAUCAUGGCUAUGCCGUUGACCAUGUUUGGCAAAGCAUAUGGCCAUCUCUCCAACAACCAAGUCAGAGAACUUCCAGGGACGAAUGCGUUUGGAUACGUUCUAACAGGGUCACUGAGUAUUCCACCUAGCAGAGGGCCGACUGUAGAUCCAAGAUUGAAAGCAGUUGGCAUCAGCAAUAUCGCUCGUGACUCAAACUUUUCUCCACUGAUAUCCCUGACAAUAGUUCUCAUCACAGCAAUCUUGUUGUUGGCUAGACCGAUCAAAAGGUGGCAUGCCACAACCCCCAGUAAACUAUUACAGAAUGCAAGCCCCAGCCAGGAGAUACCAGUCGUAAAAAGGCUCAUUAGCAGAACCUUCUUGCGGCCUACCCGGGGUGAAUCUACCAGUACCCCCAAAAUAGGCGAGAGGAAGAGCUGUGGGAUGGCGAUUGCAACACUUAGGAGGGAGACCUGGAAAGCCAGGCUUGCUGCGCUGGGCACGGAACCAUCAGGAAGUUUGAACAUCCUAAGCUGAAAGAGGAUGUAGGUCCCUCGACUGCCCAUUGCCGCAUUCUCCCAAAACCAGGAAAGCACUAUGAUAGCCAACUGCCAUUUCUUCGGCAUUGAGGCCCACGAUGCAGUGGCCUCGUCAUCAUCUUCGCCUAGCUUGUUCGUGGUAUCUAACUGAGAAGAGGAAGAACCAGGCCUUUUGUAGAUAGGGGUCUUUUCUUCGUCGUUUCUCAUCUUGAGCUUUGUGACUGCAGCUCGAAAUAAUUCCCACUCCAGCAUGGGUCGCACCAGCCUCUACCGCC